AAAUCGCAGUAGAAGUCUUCCGGCUUGUCGAGCUUCUUCAUUCGUCUCUACCACUUCUCCUCUUUCUCGAGAACAUCUUCCAUGGGGAGGAAGGGCGCCGGCGGUGAGCAGAUGAAGAAGGUCAAGGAUGCGGCUCCCAGGAAACGCAACCCGUGCCCCGGAGUCCGUUUGGUCGGCGGCCGGAUCUAUGACCCGGAGAACGGGAAGACCUGCCACCAGUGUCGUCAGAAAACAACGGACUUCGCGGUAUCUUGCAAACAGCCGCAGAAGAAGGGUCUCUGUCCAAUCCACUUCUGCCACAAGUGCCUUCUCAACAGGUAUGGUGAGAACGCUGAAGAGAUGACCAAACAGGAGGCCUGGACCUGCCCCAAAUGCAGGGGCAUCUGCAACUGCAGCUUCUGCAGGUGUGCCAAGCAAAGCUGA